AUGGCCACAUCCACCUCCCCAGCAACAGACGUCGUCUUUAUCGAGUCCCUCUCCCUCUCCGCGACGAUUGGCCCCGACUGCUGGGGCCGGACACGAGCACAGCCCAUUCUUCUUUCCGUCCACCUCCACCUGCGUCCAUCCUUCCUCGAUAAGUCUGGCGCGAGCGACAAGGUCGAGGACAGUGUGCAUUACGGCCACCUCACCAAGGUCGUCUCGCAGCUCGUCGCCGCGCGCGAAAAUCCAUCAAAUGCCUCGGAGCAGGGGUUCCAAAGCGUGCACAACCUCAUAGGCGCGGUCGCGCAGGCUGCGUUCGGCCUCGCGGGCGCCAUGGCCGAGCGCGUGCACGUACGCGUCGAGCUGCCCAAGCUCGUGCUGCUCGCGGAGAGCUGCGUGUUCGAAGCGGACGUCUCUUCAGCGUCCAACUUGUCCUCGGGCGCGGACGUAGGAGCGCUGACGGUCCACGUCAAGGACGUCGUCCUCCCCGUCCUCAUCGGCGUCAACCCUCCCGAGCGCCUCGCGAAGCAAAAGGUGAUCACCAACCUCACCUUCUACGAACAUCCAUCUAGCCCGUCAGAUUCAGAAGGCACAGAAGAAGUAGAUUAUACCGCGAUCGUGAAACGCGUUGCAGAGGAGAUCGAGCGAUCCGAGUACCUCACGCUCGAGAAGUUCGUCAUGGAGGUCGUGCGCAUCGCCUGUAUGGCAUCGCCCCGUAUCGCCCGCGUCACCGUACGCGCGCAGAAACCGAGCGCGCUCACGUUCGCCCACUCGUCCGGCGUGCAGAUCACGCGAGAUCGGAGCGCUUUCGUGGGUUGA